UUGUUAUCAUGUUCGUGUAUCUGUGUCCAAUGUCUACGCAAGAGGGGGUCCUUUUGAGCACCAAAGGCACAGUUUAAUGGCAUCUCAAAGAAACCUUACAGGCGAAGAAAAUACUUCCACUCAAACCCUAAAAAUAUAAUAAAACAAAAAGUUAUGGAGAUGAUGGAAGAAUAAGAGCAAAAUAAACAAAAGCCUUUGCCUAUCUUUCCCUCUUCUUCUCUUUAGUUCCCUUUUCUCUUUCUUUCUUUCUUGCUUUCUUUCUUUCUUGGCUCUGGUAUUCCCUUGGUGUGAUUCUCCACCAUUCCUAAAGACCCAUCAACCUUUAUAAAAAGAAAAAAAGAGAAAAAUAAAUAAAUAAACAUGGUUUUCUCAUCGGUUCCAGUCUAUUUAGAUCCUCCCAACUGGCAUCAGCAACUAAAUCAUCAACAAGCAAAUACUGGAACUGAAAAUUCUCAACUUCCACCUUUUCCUCCCGUCAGUCAUGUUGGUGUUGGUGUUGGUGUUGGUGUUGGAGCUGGUGGUGCUGUCUCCAUCAGGCCUGGCUCCAUGGCUGAUCGAGCUCGGCUAGCCAAACUGCAACAGCCGGAGGCAGUCCUCAAGUGCCCUAGAUGUGAUUCUACCAACACUAAGUUUUGUUACUUCAAUAAUUAUAGCCUCUCGCAGCCACGCCACUUCUGUAAGACUUGUCGGCGCUACUGGACUAGAGGGGGAGCCUUAAGGAAUGUCCCAGUUGGUGGAGGCUGCAGGAGAAACAAGAAAAACAAAAGCAGUAACUCCAAAUCCCAAGUUACCACUGAAAAACAAUUGGGUUCAAGUUCUACUAAUGCAGUUCCCUCUGAUGUUGUUGGCCAUUUUCCUCAACAAACACCUCAAUUACCCUUGUUGAACUCUAUACAUAAUCUACCUCACUAUAAUAUGGGGAAUAUUGGGUUAAAUUUUGGUGGAAUUCAAGCACAGAUUGAGGCAUCAACUGUCGGUAAUGGAGGUCAGAAUGAUGUUGGGUUUCAAAUUGGAAGCAAUUCAGGCAUAUUAUCCGCCGGAGGAGUUCAACAAUUUCCAUUCUUUCAGCCACCCACCGGUUUAUAUCCUUUCCAAAGUGAAGGUGUUGAAGCACCAUCUUCUUUAGUGGGUGACAACCAACUUCGAUCCAUGACUUCAAACUCUAGGGUUUCUGAUCAGACUCCGGUGAAAAUGGAAGGAAAUAACCACGGGCUAAAUUUAUCUAGACCAUUUCUGGGAAUUUCUGAGAAUAAUCAAUUCUGGAGUGGAAGUAACUGGACAGAUCUAUCAGCUUAACUUAAUGUAGAUGAUACGAAGUUGCAUGCCCCUGAGAGCCACUUUGAGUUGCAAGCUCCUACCCAAAGGUGUGGGUAAUGAUGAAAAAACUUGUCUCUUCAUGAUCCACAAAGCAUUAAAGACUGGUAGACUUAGUUAUCGUUCCUUUCUUCUUAUUAUGUUGUCGCUUAAUUAAUCUAUAUAUUUGGUGUCUUGUAUUGCAUGGGCUUGUUUACAAAUUUGUCUUUGUGUGUUGUGUGUUUUCAAACUUAUGUAUGGGAUCUAUUAUCUGACAUGAAGAACUGAUCCAGUUCUGUAGCGUAUCCUUUACGGUAACUUAUUUAUAUUUCAUACUUCUUCA